AUGUGUAACAAUAAAGCUUCAUCAGGAGCACGAAUACGUUCUUCUGUGAUUGCCGAUGCGCCAUCAGUUGAUCCUAAAACGUUCAAUAAGGCUUCAAUUGGCACAGUGGAUGGUAUGUUGACGGGUAACCUUGCCAAGCCACCUAAUCCACCGCCACCGCCAUCUCCAAUAGCCAUUUCAACCUCCAUCUUGACAAAGAUGGACAUCGGAGGACUGCCGGUGAACAUAUUCGGAUUAGAAGAAUUAACGCCAGCUUCAUCAAGAGCUUCAGCUCCAACUCCGCCCGAUCUAUGUAUCGCAAUUCACAUGCACGGAAGAGGAGGAUCGGCUGAUAACGAAGAAAAGAUUGUUCGUCAGAUAUAUGAUAGGGUUGAAAGAAGCAAACAGCAAUAUGCACAACAAUCACAAGGACAAACCUUUGAAUUUCUAGCUGUCUCUUUUGAUGCAAGAAAUCAUGGUCAUCGAAUGACGAACGAAAUCGGACAAAAAGGUUGGAAACAAGGUAAUAAAGCUCACGCCAUGGAUCUAUACUCAAUGAUCGUUGGAACAGCACAAGAUGUUUCAUUUUUGGUUGAUUUCUUACCUUCUUUUCUCUUCCCAUACGAUGAAAGAAGGGUUGUCAAUUUUGCAGUAACGGGAAAAAGUUUAGGAGGACAUGCCGUUUGGCACGUUCUUGCUAAAUGUGAUCGUAUCAAGAUUGGUGUACCGUUUAUCUCUUGUCCUGAUUUAGGAAGACUUUUUGCUCAACGUGCACCAAAAUCAUUCGUUACCAACGGUCCUCCCUAUAUCCCCGCUUCUCUUUCUUCGCUCAUUUCACAAGUCGAUCCCGCUUCCCUACCCUACAAUGCGCCCGAUCCUAGUCAAAAUCCUUUCUGGGGCAAACGGAUAUGCAUAUGUAAUGGGCAAGAAGACCGACUGGUACCAUGGCCAUGUGCGGAAAGGUUUGUACAACAAUUAAAAGUUGGACCUCCUAAUGUUCAAAGAAAUAAUCUUCGCGUUGUAUUGCAAGAAGGGAUAGGACAUGAAGUUACCGAACAAAUGAUCGAAGAGGCAGGCCAUUGGAUCUUUGUGCAUGGUAUGCUUUAUGAAAUUCAAUGA